AUGACUAUCUCCACUAACGGUGUCGAAGUUGGGCAAGCGGACAAACCCCGCUAUGUAGAUAUAGGUAUAAAUCUCACAGAUCCCGUCUACUCUGGCAUCUACUACAAUACACAACGUCAUCCAGCCGAUCUUUCCUCUGUUAUAUCGCGAGCUCUUACCGUGGGAUGUGAGAAACUUGUUGUUACCGGAUCCGAUUUGGCAGAGUCACAAAAAGCUGUUCAGCUAUCCAAAGAACAUUCAGGAAUACUCUUCGCAACGGUCGGAGUCCACCCGUGUUCUUGUCUCCAGUUCACCAAGGCGCCAAAUAAUCCCGAGACAUAUCUUCGAGAACUCGAAGAAUUAGCAUUGGAAGCAAAGGAUACAAACCACUGCGUAGCAUUUGGGGAAAUUGGUCUCGAUUAUGAUCGUCUUACACUUUGCCCGAAGGAUGCACAGUUGGAAUACUUUGAGAAACAACUCGACAUAGCGACUCGAUUACACCUUCCGCUCUUUCUGCAUUCACGCGCUGCUCAUGAUGAUUUUGUACGGAUUUUAAAAGCAAGAUUGGGGGAGCUGCCCAACAGAGGGGUGGUUCAUAGUUUCACGGGGACGAAAGAGGAAAUGGAGGAAUUGGUUAGUUUAGGAUUUGACAUUGGAGUAAACGGGUGUUCAUUAAAGACGGAAGAGAAUUUGGAGGUAGUAAAGGCGAUACCAAUGGAGAGACUUCAGAUUGAGACUGAUGGGCCUUGGUGUGAGAUAAGGCCAAGUCAUGCGAGUUGGAAAUGGUUGAAGGGUUUUGAGGAAGGGAAAGAAGGAGAAGGGAUGAGCGAGGUGGAAAAGUCUAUUGAAGGCGGAAAGGGUUGGAAAAGUGUGAAGAAGGAGAAGUGGGUAGAAGGGGUAAUGAUUAAGGGUAGAAAUGAACCGUGUAUGAUCAGUCGGGUAGCGUGGGUCGUUGCAGGAGUUAAAGGGGUGAGUGUGAAAGAAUUGAGGGAGACAGCAUGGAAGAAUAGUUGUAAGAUGUUCGACUUGGGAGUGUGA